UCUCCAUCCACAGAACCCAUUUUUUUUCCGAUGACACCACAAAACCCCAUUUGUGCACGAGAAGAGCGCAAUCUAUAGCCUGGAUAGUCUGCUCCUCGGCGCUCUCCCUCUCCUCCUUCAAUCCACUCAAGUCCGCCGAUGUUCUUCAACACAUCUGUUGGAAUACGCCUGGUGAAACCCGCGGGGCAUGAAACUGGGGCCGUGGCGGGCGCCCUCGUCACCGCCGGAGACUCCCAUGCCGAGUUAGAGGAGGCCCUUGGCGGAGGCCUCGUGGAUGCGGCGCUCGGUGCUCUCGUACCACUCAUUGCCGUCGAUGAUGGCGUCGCCGGGCUCCAUGUAGGCCGAAAGGGCGGUGAUGGUUCCGCCAGUUUCACCAUGGUUCCAUCUCUAAUUGAGUUCACGACUUCCUCAAAUUCACCAAACUCCGAACCCCAAAUUAAGCUAACCCAUCAAUUCAGACCGUCGUAGAUGAAAUCCACAACGAAAACCCCAAAUUCUCUCCCUUGAUUCAACAAUUCUACCAACCAAUGCAAGCUCGGGUCGACCCGCCUCUCGAAUCCAUCUGGGUCUACACCGCAUUGACAUUUUGGAGCCGGAACCACCUGAAAGGCGACAUCUUGGACCGAAUCGCCGCUGCAAAGGACUUGUUUCAGCUACUCUCCUCUUGCUCAGCUCCCUGCUGUUGCUCAAAAAGAUUCGCGCUGCUCGUUCAGGUGGUGCGGUUGGCACACGACGUUGUUUUGGAUUUGUUUAAAAGGGAAUUGGGGUUUAAGAAAGAGAAGAAAGUGACGAAGGAGGUGAAGAAUUUGGUGGGAGUGAUUAUGGGGUUUAUAAGUGUGUGCUGUUCUAGCAGGGAUUUGGGUCAGGAGGAUCCUUUGAUUGAUUCGAGUUCAGGUCGGUCUUUUUCGAGUUUAAGUUUUGUUUGCUUGAACAGAGAUGAGAAUGUUAGGAAUUUGUUACCAUUAGUGAGUGAGGAGGUGAUUGAUGGGCUCAGUGAGAGAGAUGGGGAUGAGUUACUUGGCUGGAGUUGUUAUUGCAGAGGUUUUUUGUUGAGACUCUGCUUGAAUUGCAAAGCUGGGACUUCAGGGGAGGUGUUGAAGACAGAGUUGAGGACUUGGGCUGUCAACAGGGGCGCCUGCCUUGACGAGAAUCGUCAUCUGGGGCGUUGGAGGGAGAUGACGAAGUCUUUGGGGUUGUACUUACCGGAGAGAGGGAGGUUGCCUUUGGGGUUCUGUGGAUGGAGAGAGAGGAGAGAGAAAGAAGGGUAGUUUUGGAAGAGAAAUAUUGUGAAAUGAUAAGAAAUAAUAAAA